ACGACGACAACGGCGGCGGCGGUGGCGGCGGCGCUUGUUUGCUUUCCCCGGAUUAGCUCAGCUGCGCCGAGGCGAGCGGCUGGCCGUUGGGCAGCAUGAACGCGGCCGGGCUGCCCGGGAGCGGCGGCGCGUCGGGCUUGCCUCCGCUGCCCAAGAGCCUGAGCGGCUUGUUGAACUCUUCCUCCAGCGGGGGCGGCCCGGGCGGCGGCGGGGGGCGCUGGCGGGACCUGGAGCGGCUGUACGCGCAGAAGUCCCGCAUCCAGGACGAGCUGAGCCGGAGCGGCGGCGGCGGCGGAGGCGGCCGAGGAGGGUCCCCGCGGCUGCCCAAGCCUCCCAACCUGGACGCCGCCUUGGCCCUACUCCGAAAAGAGAUGGUUGGCCUCCGGCAGCUAGAUAUGUCGUUAUUGUGUCAACUGUAUUCCCUUUAUGAGUCAAUCCAAGAAUAUAAAGGUGCCUGCCAAGCUGUAUCAAGUGCAGACUGUGCGUAUGCAUUGGAAAAUGGCUUUUUUGAUGAAGAGGAAGAAUAUUUCUAAGAACACGGAGCCGUUCCCGAGAGUCUUGCCUGGAUGUGUUUUGCAGCUGUGAGAUCACCAGUGUCUAAUUGGAACUCUAAGUGCUUUUCUGCCUUGUACUGAAGAAAAAGAGGCUCUGCUACUUUGCAGCCCAUUUAUUUCUGGCAUACUGUCAACCCAAGUUACUCACUGUGUGAAUGUUGCUUUAUGAAAGCAGUGUGUGACUUUGAGACAUCCUCAAGCAUGUUUGACAGGCCAUGUCAGUAUAAUUUGUGCACUGGGUGUGUCCAGCUUGUACCUGCUGGCAACUUACUUUCUAUAAGCUUGGGCUCACACGAGAAAGCAAGGACAUCCGAAGCAUUCUGACAUGUAAAGCAGUAGCUGUAACUACACAAAAUUCAUGUGUUUGUAAGCAUUAUGAUCACCUCUGAACUAGUAUUUGGGCCUUUAAAAAAAGACUUGUUAAAAACAGAUCUCUGGGACCAAUACUUGUCCCCUCGCAUAGUGGGUGGACUUGACAAUGUCAAAUAUUCUAAAAGCCUGUAUCACUUUUUUCCCAGUCCCAAAUUAAUGCAUCAGUCGGCUUAGCCUUUCCCUCAAGUGAAUGAAUUUGUCUUCCCUUUUGCUACCAUGUGUCAGUAUGAGUUUUAGCUAUUUAAAGCAAUAUAAUUGAAGUUUGUUUCGUAA